UGAAGUUGCGAUCAAGGGACCUCGGCUGUAUGGCCCAGUGGCAAUCAAACUAGUGAUGAAUCUCUGGAUCGGGGUAACGCUCAUUUUCCUGCAUGGAGUCUGUGGCACUGAAGCGUGUGGCUCUCGCCCUGCGGGUCUCCGUGUGGUAGGCGGAUCAGACGCUGAGCCUCAUUCAUGGCCUUGGCAGAUUUCUCUCAGAGUCAAUGGACGCCACAUCUGUGGAGGAACCCUUAUACAACCAGACUGGGUUGUAACUGCCGCUCAUUGUGUAGCAAGGAAACUUAAUCCUGGGGAGGGAUACCAGGUGGUCGUUGGCUCUCACGUUAUGAAUGGCAACACAGAAGUACAGGAGACAUUUAACCUGAAACAGCUGUACUCUCAUGAAGGAUUCUCAAUGAACAGCAACAGCCUAAAGAAUGAUAUUGCUCUUCUGCAACUUGAGCGAUCGGCUCAGCUCAGUGAGAGAGUCAACCUGGCUUGUUUGCCGGAACACGGAGAUAAAGUCCCCCCCGGAACUAGGUGUUUCAUUACAGGCUGGGGCAGGAUGUACGGUGGAGGGCCACCAGCCGACACCCUCCAACAGGCCGAGCUUCCCGUAGUCGAACACAACACUUGCAGUAAUAAAAAUGGUAACCUCGCCCCAGUUGACGAAAACACCAUGAUCUGUGGAGGAAGUGCAAUCGCGAGCCAGGCGGGAGGAUGCCAAGGAGACAGUGGAGGUCCAUUCGUUUGCGAGGAGAACGGCAAAUGGGUCUUACGAGGGGCUGUUAGCUGGGGAAGCCGUAUGUGCUCGACAGACUACUAUACCGUGUUUGCCCGUGUCAGCAGCUUUAGAAACUGGAUAGAGCAGAAAAUGUUAGGAGGUGGUGACGGCGGCGGCGGUGGCGGCGGCGGCGGCGGUGGAGGUGGCGGAGGAGGAGGAGGAGGAGGAGGAGGCGGUGGUGGUAAGACUGUUUUCAUGUCGUUAUCACCGUAA